GUCCGUCUCUGUUACAGUGAAGUGAAGAAGAGCUGGGGCUAAAUUAAUUUUUAUGGUGUGCGUAUGGCGGGUGCCCUGAGUGGGUGGAAAUGACAGGAAUGCCCAUUUUAUUUUCUGGAUAUACAAUGAAUCAUGGUAAUUGUUGGCUGAAAUGCUGAUGAUGAAGAUGAGAUCUAAUGCCAUUGGCUUUCACCCCAUGAAUAAGACCCUAGCUGGGCCGGCUCAUUCCCGGUUGCUUCACCAUUAAUACCUGCUACCAGCUAGGACUAGCCAGUGGCAGAGGCAGGUGGCGGUUGCUAAUGCUGCCACAAAAAGUCCAGAUUCCAAGAGUUGCAAGCCAACCCAAUACAAGGAAAGGAGAGUGGGGAGAGGAAACAUAGAAACUGCGCACACCCACCUCUCGUGCAAGGAAAGAGUCCACACCACCCAACUCUCUCUUCCCUCCCUUUCUCUCUCUAAUGGCCCAGCUGGACCAAAAUUUAUGUAGAAGAAAAACAAAAAAGAAAGAAUGGAAAGAGAGAGAAGAGAGAAGGAAAGAAGAUGUCUUCAAAUGUCCUCCAACCAAACGAAAACCAAAAUUAUGUUGCCGGAAAUGCCCUUCUGCAACCCCCAAAAGAUCCCCAUCUUCAUCACUGUCUCAAUACAAACAUAUUUCCCGAUUUGUGUGGGCUUUUUUGGGUUUGUCCUGGUCAGAGUUUCACAGAGAAAACAGGAAACCCAGAACCUUCCUCCCCGCCCCCCACACCCCCCCCCCCCCCCCCCCCCGCGGGGGUCACCUCCUUCUUUCUUUCUUUCUUUCUUUCUUUGCACUCUGUCCGUUCAUUAUUUCUUGCCCGUCUCUUUGUUUUCCACUUAUUGGAUCCCUCGCCCUCUUGAUUUUUCUCCCUAGACGGUUUCUCGUUUUGGGUUGUGGGUGUUUCUUCUUCUUCUCUUUGAGGUGAUGUCGAAGAAGAUGAAAGGGGUCGCUCUGGGUUCGUCUCCUUACGCUGCUUACGAGGACGCCAAGAGCAGGAUCAAGCAUCAGAAUCUCUUGCAGGACUACCAGGAGCUGCAGAAGGAAACAGACUGGACGAAGGAGAACCUGGAGGAACUGAAACAGAAGAAAUUAACUCUUUUAGCUGAAGUUCGAUUUUUGAAGCGACGAUACAAUCUUCUAAUGAAAAACUCAACUCCCAAGCCCCCAUUGGGUCAAAGAACCGUGCAGCUGCAAAAGCUGGAAACCCAACGCAAAACCAUUAGGAAGGAUAGGAAUUAUAAUAGAAAGCAAUCUGCUCUGCGAAUCCCAGUUCCUGCUACUAUCGACUCAAACCAGAAAGAAAUGAAGUUCAAUGGAAAAAAGGCUGUUUUGCGACUCCCUCUACCAGGAUAUGAUUUAAACCACCAGGAAAAGAUUUACACUGCAAAGGAGGUAGUGCCACGGAACUCUUCAGUUUUGGACCUGAAUGAGAACGAUCGUAUUUAUAGUGGGCAGGAAGCUGGUUUGCGAAACCCAGUUCCAGUGUUCGACUUAAACCAGAUAUCGAGAGAAGAAGAGGAAUUUCAGGUUAAUGGCGAGCCUGUGAGAGUGGAGGAACAGAGGAAGAGUUUGAUUAGAGGUGGAAAUGAGGAGCAGUAUGUGGAUAUGAAAUUAUCUGCCUGUAGAAAUAUCAGUAAUGGGUCGAAUCGGGCAGGGAAGAGGAAGAUUUCAUGGCAAGAUCAGGUGGCUUUGAGGGUUUGAAAUUGAAACUAUCUUCCUUGGUUGCAAUAGAGAGAGUGUAUAUGUUGUCAGGCACGGAAAAAAGUUUACCUUGCCUUUCAGUGCUGAAUUCUCAUUUUUCUUUACCUUGUAGUUUUUCCCCCUAGGUGAAAAAAGAAAAGAAUAGUCCUCCUGGAGAAUACAUGGAUCAUAGUUUUUGUUCAAAAAGCCGAAGUAUAUUUCUUUUCAAGUAUCAAUGCAUGUUUCUUUUGGUGAAGAGCAAGAUUGGUGUUUGGAUUCAUGGUGCCUACGGGAUUUUUUGGAAUUGUUGUAUGCUUGUCAGACCAGCAAACGUGAGAACUGAAAACAAGCAAAAGUAGAUUGGAAUUGUUCUGUAAUUUUAUAUGAUAAAGACUUUUUGUUACUCUUUACUACUACAUGUUUGGUUUGGUAGAUGGGAAUAGAAAGAAAUUGGGUCGAGGAAAGUGAAUUUAUUAUUUGA